GUCAUCACAUCGCAUAAUCAUCCACCGUACUACCAUCAUGGUCAAUGUCAAGUGGAACAAAGAAAAGUUUUCUUUUAAUGUUCCGUUAGAGACAAGACUGGGCGAUUUUCGACAGAUUGUCGCAGAAGAAACGCACUUGGACGCCUUCAAACUCAUCUACAAGGGUGCUAUCAUGAAGGAUGACAGGGCGCCUCUUGGCGCUUACCAUCUGAAGCAAACGUCAUCUAUCACGCUCCUUCCUCUCCAUGAUACCCUUCCGACAUCCUCUGCCAUCCAGAAUACGGAGCAGACAUCGCUAUCCAACAUCCAGCAGGAACUGGCCUCAAUCCGCCAGGGCCUUAUACCUUCCCUCAACGUAUUUCUUGAUGCCUUACCCCAAAAGCAGCCAUCUAUGUCCGCCCUAGAGAAGGAACAUGCCCGUCUAGGGGAACUACUCUUGCAAUCUCUCCUCCGUCUCGAUGCCAUCUCUACCGAUGGUGAAUGGGAAGAUGCGAGAAGAGAAAGAAAGGCUGCGGUAAAAGAGGUGCAGGCCUUGCUAGAUCGGCUUGACGACGCAUGGAGUGCUCGUUGACGUUGUUUUCUAUCUAUACCCUCUCUAUCUUACUUCUUCUCUUAGAUUUGUCUGCGCCCCAAUCCACGGUUCCGUUUUGUGCCUAACCCAACACUCUGACAUGUGGCUUGGCCAUGUACACUAAGGCUUGCUAACCUUUUGGUCACCCAUAUCAGGAAUCUUGGCUCCGGGCCAAAUCAUCACCUUACUGUUUAUUGGAAAGAUCCCUAGGUUUGUGCAAGAUACAUGUAACUGUUUCUAUUCUGACAGCCUGGGCCGUGCCGUGUAAUACUACCUACCUGCCUGAGAU